AUGGCGGAGCUCUUGAACGUGAUCUUCGCACUCGCCGCCAUCUUCUUCGCGUUCCGAUGGCUUACGUCUGGUCCCGAUGAUCCUGCUCGGGCUGCGCUUGGGUUCAAGCCUAGAAAGGUCACGGAUGAAAUGGCACACAGGGUAGCCGACAUAUACCCCGACAUCCCACGAGAUAACAUCCGCUACGAUCUCCUACGGACUGGCGAUGUCGCUGUAACAUCAGAGAAGAUCCUCACCAAGGGCUACCUUGAUGCGCCUCCAUCUGCAUACUACGAGUUAUAUCCCAGAGGCCCCGAAUCAUCUUCCGCACCUCACGCCCAACCCUCCUCCACAGACAAGGGCAAAUCUCCCGCGCCUCCCAAGGCAGAAUCCCUCAUCAGUCGGUACCACCUUGAAGACAGACUCGCGUCUGCCUCCACAGUGGUGCAAUCUCCGACCGACGUCGCUGGGAAGGCUACAUGGGAAGAUACGCCGGAGAAGCGGGAAGCGAGUCUGAGGGAGCGUAAAGCGCAGAUGAUCCUCGCGGCGAGGCAGUGA